GGGGCGCCGGAGCCCUGCGGAUGGAGGCGCGGGCGGCGCGGCGCGCUCAUUCCGCUCCGGCGUUGCUGGCAGGGGGAGGCGCAGUCACUGGCCCAGAAUCCGGGCCCGGACUCUGGGCGGCAGGCGGCUCUCGGGGUUGGGAUGCGCCGGGGGCUCCGUGGCGGCGGCGUUGGCGGCGGCGUGGGCGGCUGCCGGGGGACGAGCUAGCGCCGCGUCGCGGGGAGCCAGUCGAGCCCGGACUGCAAGCGGAGGCGGGGGCGCAGGCGGGGGCGCAGGCGGAGCGGCGGCCGCAGUCGGAGCCGGAGCCGGAGCCCGAGCGCCGCGCGCCCACCAUGGCCGCCCAGGGCGAGCCCGGCUACCUGGCGGCGCAUUCGGACCCGGGCUCCAACAGCGAACGCAGCACUGACUCGCCGAUGCCCGGCUCCGAGGACGACCUGGUCGCCGGGGCGCCCCUGCAUAGCCCCGAGUGGAGCGAGGAGCGCUUCCGCGUGGACAGGAAGAAACUUGAGGCCAUGUUACAAGCUGCUGCUGAAGGAAAAGGCAAAAGUGGGGAAGACUUUUUUCAGAAGAUCAUGGAGGAAACAAAUACACAGAUUGCUUGGCCAUCAAAACUGAAGAUCGGAGCCAAAUCCAAGAAAGAUCCCCAUAUUAAGGUUUCUGGAAAGAAAGAAGAUGUUAAGGAGGCCAAGGAAAUGAUCAUGUCUGUCUUAGACACAAAAAGUAAUCGAGUCACCUUGAAGAUGGAUGUUUCACAUACAGAACAUUCCCAUGUAAUCGGCAAAGGUGGCAACAACAUUAAAAAAGUGAUGGAAGAAACAGGAUGCCACAUCCACUUUCCAGAUUCCAACAGGAAUAACCAAGCAGAAAAAAGCAACCAGGUAUCUAUAGCAGGACAACCAGCAGGAGUAGAAUCUGCCCGAGUUAGAAUUCGGGAGCUGCUUCCUUUGGUGCUGAUGUUUGAGCUGCCAAUCGCUGGGAUUCUUCAACCAGUUCCCGAUCCUAACUCCCCCUCGAUUCAGCACAUAUCACAAACGUACAACAUUUCGGUGUCAUUUAAGCAGCGUUCUCGAAUGUAUGGUGCUACUGUGAUAGUACGAGGGUCUCAGAAUAACACCAGUGCUGUGAAGGAAGGAACUGCCAUGCUGUUGGAACAUCUCGCUGGGAGCCUAGCAUCAGCUAUUCCCGUGAGCACACAACUAGACAUUGCAGCUCAACAUCAUCUCUUUAUGAUGGGUCGAAAUGGAAGCAACAUCAAACAUAUCAUGCAAAGAACAGGUGCUCAGAUCCACUUUCCUGACCCCAGUAAUCCACAGAAGAAAUCCACCGUCUACCUCCAGGGCACCAUUGAGUCUGUCUGUCUUGCAAGGCAAUAUCUCAUGGGUUGUCUUCCCCUUGUGCUGAUGUUUGAUAUGAAGGAAGAAAUUGAAGUUGAUCCACAGUUCAUUGCUCAGUUGAUGGAACAGCUCGAUGUCUUCAUCAGUAUUAAACCAAAGCCGAAACAACCAAGCAAGUCUGUGAUUGUGAAAAGUGUUGAGAGAAAUGCCUUAAAUAUGUAUGAAGCAAGGAAAUGUCUCCUCGGACUUGAAAGCAGUGGGGUUACCAUAGCAACCAGCCCGUCCCCAGCAUCGUGCCCUGCCGGCCUGGCAUGUCCCAGCCUGGACAUCUUAGCUUCGGCAGGCCUCGGACUCACUGGACUAGGUCUUUUGGGGCCUACCACCUUAUCUCUAAACACAUCAACAACUCCAAACUCACUCUUGAAUGCUCUUAAUAGCUCAGUCAGUCCUUUGCAAAGUCCAAGUUCUGGCACCCCCAGCCCCACAUUAUGGGCACCCCCGCUUGCUAACACUUCAAGUGCCACAGGUUUUUCUGCUAUACCACACCUUAUGAUUCCUUCUACUGCCCAAGCCACAUUAACUAAUAUUUUGUUGUCUGGUGUACCCACCUACGGGCACACAGCUCCAUCUCCCCCUCCUGGCUUGACUCCUGUCGAUGUCCAUAUCAACAGUAUCCAGACAGAAGGCAAAAAAAUCUCUGCUUCUUUAAAUGGACAUGCACAGUCUCCGAAUAUAAAAUAUGGUGCAAUAGCCACUUCAUCACUUGGGGAAAAAGUGCUGAGUGGGAAUCACAGUGACCCAUCUAGACAGACAACUGGACCUGAGCAGCCAUCUCCCAAGUCAAACCCUGUGGAAGGUUGUAACGAUGCUUUUGUUGAAGUAGGCAUGCCUCGAAGUCCUUCCCAUUCUGGGAAUGCUGGUGACUUGAAACAGAUGAUGGGUCCUUCCAAAGUUUCCUGUGCCAAGAGGCAGACAGUAGAACUGUUGCAGGGCACAAAAAACUCACACUUACACAGCACUGACAGGUUGCUCUCGGACUCUGAGCUGAGUGCUGCAGAAAGCCCUUUGGCUGACAAGAAGGCUCCCGGAAGUGAGCGUGCCGCGGAGAGGGCUGCAGCUGCCCAGCAAAACUCCGAAAGGGCUCGUCUGGCCCCACGGCCAUCGUAUGUCAAUAUGCAGGCAUUUGACUAUGAACAAAAGAAACUAUUAGCAACCAAAGCUAUGUUAAAAAAACCAGUGGUGACAGAAGUCAGAACACCCACAAAUACCUGGAGUGGCCUGGGGUUUUCUAAAUCCAUGCCAGCCGAAACCAUAAAGGAGCUGAGAAGGGCCAACCAUGUGUCCUAUAAGCCCACAAUGACAACGACUUUUGAGGGCUCAUCAAUGUCCCUCUCGAGAUCCAGCAGUCGUGAACACUUGGGAAGUGGAAGUGAAUCUGAUAACUGGAGGGACCGAAAUGGAAUAGGACCCCCAAGUCCUAGUGAAUUUGCAGCUUCUGUUGGCAGCCCCAAACGUAAACAAAACAAAUCAACGGAACACUAUCUCAGCAGUAGCAAUUACAUGGACUGCAUUUCUUCGCUGACGGGAAGCAAUGGCUGUAACUUGAACAGCUCUUUCAAAGGCUCUGACCUCCCUGAGCUCUUUAGCAAACUGGGCCUGGGCAAAUACACAGACGUCUUCCAGCAACAAGAGAUCGAUCUUCAGACAUUCCUCACUCUCACAGAUCAGGAUCUGAAGGAGCUGGGAAUUACGACUUUUGGUGCCAGAAGGAAAAUGCUGCUUGCUAUCUCAGAACUAAAUAAAAAUCGAAGAAAGCUUUUUGAACCACCAAGUGCACGCACCUCUUUCCUGGAAGGCGGAGCGAGUGGGAGGCUACCCCGUCAGUAUCACUCGGACAUUGCUAGUGUCAGUGGCCGCUGGUAGCAAUAUCCUCGAGGCAUGCACCCGCCAAAUCUAUCAAGUUGGACACAGGAGAUCUGUGAACAGCCUUCACUGCACACCGUCCUCAGUACUCUGGGUGUCUGGUAUCAGGACCAACGCAUCUUACUCAAACCUGAACUUUGUGCCAAAAAGCAAGAAAAGAGAGAAGGUGAUCUUAUGUCAUCAUACAGAAAUGCCACAUUUGGAUGACUUUUUUUAAACUGCAAUCCGACAGAACUUGCAAUUUGAGGGUAGGGCUUUAUUUCCUGUUUUUAUUUACCUAAGUAAUGUAUGCACUGAUUUUUUUUUACUUAAAAUGAAGGAUUAAUUGACAUCUGGGAUGCCAGAAAACUUAGAGGUUCUUUUUGUUUGCUUGUUUUGUUUAGGGAUUUGGGGAUUUUUUAAAAAAAUAAUCAAAAUGGAAUUUUCUGGUACUGCUUUAAAAUAAUUAUUGAGGUCUUUCAGCACUUUACACUUUCUAAUUUCUUGUCCUGUGGAAAUCAUGCCUCUUUCUCUCAACUUUCAUGUCACCUGAUGUAUUGGUACAAAUCAGAUUUAGGCAUACUUUUCUGACAAUCAAAUUUUUAUUUGAAAUGGUACUGGAUUAUCAGUUUUGUGCCAAAUAUUCUGACUUUGGGAAAUGUAAAUGACUCCCCUUGGUUCUGGACCAGUUCUGUUCAUUUAUAUCAACAUCCUAGAAAUAAUUAGCAAUUAACCUAUUUCACAUAACAGGUACAAAGAAAGACCAGAUGGACUUUGCAAUAUUAACCCUUUGCAGUCAUCAUAUUUAGCUGCUGCCUGUAUUGCUAAAAUGAUUUUAAUGGUUGUCUGAAGGCAAAGGGCUAUUCUUUAGUAUACUGCCACUAAAGGACACUUAUUUAUAUCAAACUUUUAUUUUUAGAUAUUAUAAGCAUACAGUACAUAACUGAUUAAAUUGAUAUCUACUAGAGAUUUAUGGUAGAGAAUGGACGGCAUUCAAUAACUGGAGCCCUAGAUUGUCACUUUAUUUAAAAAAAAAGACAAAUAAUCAUCUGACAAGACAGCACUGUUGCCUUUAAGAGGAGAAAUAGAUUACUAUCCUUAUCAUGUACACUCUAGCUGUGCUCCAUAUGGUCACAGGACUUUCAAAAACCAUAUCUGUCUGCUUGAAGUAGACUUGUGUUUGUUGAGAACAGAAAGGCUUUAUUUAAGUUUCCAGGAUGACAGUUUAUAAAAACAGCGGAGUUCCAAAGGAAGACCCAAAGAAAAAGACUAUUUUCUAAGUGGCUAGACUCAUUGUUACUAUCUAUACUGUGAAAGUCCAAGAAAUCAGGCAACAUUGUUUCCUAGGUCUUUUCGGACAUCUUACUAUAGAUUUAUGAAGGGUUUUCAAUCCAUGAAGAAAAUCACUAAGUGCCUCUCUUUCUUCAAGGCAAUAUUAUUUCCAAGUGUAUUGAUUUGUUGGAAAACUUUCCCAUAGGAAAUGUUGUGAAUUACCUGUACUGUAAUGACUUAUUUAUGUUCAGUAUUCAAGACUUUCUACAUGGACAUAAACCACUGUCACACAUUCUCAGCAGAAGGUAUUACAUAAGCCUACAUAACAAUUGGGGACUUUCAUACAAAUGUGAGAUUAGAAAGAUUCGCCAGAUAUUUUUCCAUGACUAAGUCUUUCCAUUAAAGUAAGAAAAAGAAUUGAAAUUUUGCUCUCAGAAAAAAAUUUCACCUUAAAAAAUAAUAUUGGUAACCUGGAAGGCAUAAGUAAUGGGCCUGUCAUAAAAUUAUAUCUGUAAUGACAGCACGAAGGGGAUGCCCAUUCCUAACUGAAUCUUGCAUGCUUAGGUGUGAGAACUAAAUUGCUUCUUUUGCGAGUACAACAGAAUCAUCCUGUGCACAAGGCACAUGAAUACGAUGGAGUUUCCUGCUUUACGUGGCUGUAUGGACACAUCACGCUACACAUUCAGCACAGGGUAAGAAUUUGGAUUCAUUUCCUGUUCCACUCAGUGCUAUAAGUUUCAUUUCUUUAAUAAGACCUUCCUAAAUUAGAAAAAAUAAUAACAUCAUUUAGAGCUCUUUCCCCAGCUCUACCAUGCAGUUGUAAUAGGAGGAAGAUGGGAUGAAUUCACAGUAUUAAGUUGAUAACAGGUUUUAUGAACAGUGCUUUGAUACUAUGCCAAAGAGAAAACUGUCCCAGUUAAACUAGAUUAAAUAGGGUGGCUAAAAAUUAAAAACAAAAACAAAAACAAAAAACACUGGAAAUUACUUUUCUCACUUUCUCUUGAUGCAAUGAAGGGAAUAUGACACUACAGUAUAUGGUGUUGUCAGUGUUAUAUGAUGCACAAAAUAUUUGGAUUAUUUGAAUAAAUGUUAGCUUUUAAUCAGUCUGUGCCUUAAUAGUGACCGGUUAUCUGUAAAUAGAGAACAGAUACAGAUUGUAUUUUUGUGGGGGGUUUUUGUCCUUCUAGUGAUUUUUUUUUUAAAUGAGAGAUGGAAUUAAGCAUUGAAAAUGGGAAUUUUUCUAAACUAAUCAAGUGUUAUAUGAAAAAUAAAUUUAUAUAACCCCUUUGUAUUGCCCUUGCUA